AUGUCGAGAUCGGUCAAUGAGCGGAAGGUAUAUACCGUCACAUUGGUUAUAUUCCUGUUCACUGUACUGCCGAUGGUUUGGAUAUUCUUGGAGGAGUACAACAGAAUGGUGAUGGGCGUUGCGUUUGUGGCGCUUGUGGCAUGUGCUUGGUUUCUGUACCAGAACGGUACACCCAGUCUGACUCCGGAUGAAUGGACGCCGCUCGAGUUUGAGAAGAAGAAGAAGAUCUCGCAAAACACUUGCAUGUACAAGUUCAAGCUCAGAAAUCCGAGGGAAAAGCUGAAUGUCCCCGUUGGGUACCAUGUGUCGGUGAAAUGUAUAAUAAACGGAAAAGAGGAGAUUAGGCAUUACUCGCCUGUCUCGCACGAUGCAAAAGGGUACAUUGAGCUCAUCGUGAAGACAUACCAUACAGGGCACGUCUCAGAGUAUUUUUCCGAGUUGAAAGCUGGUGAUAAAGUACUUUUCCGUGGGCCGACUGGUGAAUACCAAUACCGCGAGCAAGAAAAGGAAAUGACGCAACUUGGACUCGUCGCUGGUGGUUCUGGGAUAACCCCGAUGUUGCAGGUGCUCAACGAAAUUGUUUCCAAACCACUAGAGUUGAGUCGGGUGAGUUUACUCUACGCAAACGAGACAGAGGAUGAUAUUUUGAUGAAGAGCGAGCUCGAUCAGAUGGUUGCAAAAUACCCGCAUUUUGAGGUGCAUUACGUCUUGCAUCACGCCCCAAAAGACUGGGAGGGCAGCACUGGUCUCAUUACAAAGAACCAAAUGGAAAAAUUUCUUCCUUCCUUUGCAGAAGAUCACCGUUUGUUGAUUUGUGGGCCACAGAACAUGACAGAAAUUGUUCUCGGUUUUGCUCGCGAACUCGGGUGGAGCAGCGGUAUUCAGAAAUCUAAAGGUGACAGUAAAGUAUUCGUAUUUUGA